AUGGCCAAGGAACGCAAGGAAAAGAAGGAGAAGAAGGCCGAGAAGGUCGAGAAGAAGGUUGAGCACGACUCUGAUAUGGAGGUCGAUGCUCCUGUCCGUAUUGUCGAUGUCUCGCCCAUCGCUGCUCCCAUGGCUGCCGACAAGUUGACCAAGAAGCUCUUGAAGACCGUCAAGAAGGCUGCCAAGGCCAAGCAUGUGAAGCGUGGUGUCAAGGAGGUCGUCAAGGGACUCCGCAAGGGCGAGAAGGGUCUUGUCUUGAUUGCUGGCGAUAUUUCACCCAUCGAUGUCAUCACCCACGUCCCCGUCCUCUGCGAGGAGAACGAUGUCCCCUAUGUCUUCUUGCCCUCCAAGGAGGACCUCGGCACUGCAGGAUCGACCAAGCGUCCCACCUCUUGCGUCAUGGUCGUCUUGGGCGGAAAGAAGAAGGACAUGGAAGGUGCCAAGGAGUACAAGGAGCUCUACGAUGAGUGCUUUGCCAAGGUCAAGGAGAUGGAUGAGGCUAUCACCUACAACUAA